CGGAAAUGGACGAAGCGACGCUUCUGCCCGCGUAUUCGUGUCCUUUGUUCGGCAAAUAAAAAUCAAGACAAUUCCCCCGCAUUUUCAGUUGUCUCAAAGGAAUUUUCGACAAAAUUACCCCGGAUUUUGUACUCCUUACCUCUCCGAUACGCAAUCACGAUGUUGGGCCCCGAAAAGAGGCAGACUUCGACGCCGACGCUGAAAUGGAUCAUACUGGUGCUUAGAAUCGGAUUUUUGGUGACGAGCUGCUGUCUCCUCGCCUAUUCCAUUGAUUUAUUGAACCCCCGUACAAUGUACCAGAAUGGUCAGCUAGUCACUGACCGCACUGCUUGGUACAAUUUGACAACCGGCGUCAUUGCUGGAAUGUUUGCGAUCAUGGUCGAUUUACUUCUUAUUAUCCCCCUCUUCGUUCACGUCAUGCGCCUACUCACUCUGACCACGGGUAUCCUGGACCUUGGUGCUUUCGGCAGCUGCAUCGCUUCACUUAUCCUGCUCCGACCCCCCUACAGUGGCGACUUUGAUCUAUUCUACUCGGUGUUUAGUGUUCCUGGCUUGCCAAGUAAAAGCACGUAUAUCGCUCUUAGUGCUAUUGUACUUGUAGAACGGCUCGCUUCCAUGGCGCUCACUUUUGUUUGGUUCCGAAGCAAUCCUACCGAGAAGCCCAAGCCACGACAUGAUAUGGAGAGAGCUGCCCAAACUGACAGCGAUAAACCCACUACUGCUACUCAGAGUUAACACAAAACAAAAGCUUCAUCCACAGAGCACGGCGGAAUGGUUCGUUGGAGACUUCAAAUAGUGGAUGAUUUCUAGCUUUCAGUCACCUCAACAGCGAGUAUGGGAUCUCAUUGAAGAGACAAGAGCAUUGGCAGACCAUUACGACAGAGUAAAAUUCCACAAUCAAAUCAGGUCAUACCGGUGUAAAUAUUAAAACAGCUUUUUUGCGGCUUAAAAUGUAACAGGUGGUCAGUGCGAUCGCACCCACACGCGAUCGGGCCGACAGGUAGCCUGGGCCGCUGACGAAGGCAAACAUGACGUGCUAGGCUUUACUGUAGCGUCAUCGUCGUAGCCUUGUGGUAGUCUGUAGCAUAUUACAUUACCUGUGGAGAGUGAAUGAACUGCUACACCUUGUGUUCAGUGAUGUGGCUUGUCGUACAUGAUGCUAACUAGUAAUGGAUAAAUAUGUGCUUUCUUUUAUAUCUUAUACCAACUGCAGGCCGAAAGAAUCCAAGUCAAUUAAUAC